AAUGCUGGUGAGAGGAAUUAGUCCUUCUUUUUUGAUUUAGUAAUUGUUCUAGUCAUUUACAAAAAUGAUAUGUUUAUGUAUUGAGAUUAGCUCUGAUCCUGCUGUGUAUGAAGACACAUGAAUUGUGUAGAAUAGGUUUCUGUAUAGUGGUGGUUUUUAGGCUGUGUUCAGUUCAGGAGAUUGUGUAGCACCAUGUGACAGCCGGCUGGCCUCUCCAACUAUACACAUAUACCAAAAUAGGAGUCCAAAUGGAGGAGCCAUCUGUCUUCUUCGGCACAGCUAGAGAGAGAUAUGCCUGAGGAACUGAGUCCAUGCUUCACAUCGUGCUCUUUAAAUCUUUUUUUAAUUUAAGAAUCUGUGUCAGUCCAUCAUUCUAGUCCAGUUCACUUCUAAAUCAUGUCGUCUGUGGGUGUAGAAAGUUACACGUACGAAUUCUGCGAUGAAGAUCAUCCAUCAGAAACAUUAAGAGCUCUUCUGGAGUUCUAUGCUUGUGGCCUGUUCACUGACAUCACACUUCAGUGUUGUACAGGACAGAUGUUUCACUGUCACAAGGCCUUGCUGUCAGCCUGCAGUGCCUACUUUAAAGUCAUGUUCACCUCGGAUAUGAAGGAACGCUCAAAUAUCAUCAUCAACCUGUCUGGCAUAGAUGGAGAGAUCCUAAGCGCUCUGGUCAAUUAUGUUUAUACGUCCAAAGUGAGCAUCACCCAGGCUAAUGUGCAAAGCCUCCUAGAAGCUGCUGACCUCCUUCAAUUCAGUGCAGUAAAGGCGGCCUGUGAGGAGUUCAUGAUGCGUUUUUUAGAUGUCGAUAACUGCCUUGGGAUUCAUGCUUUUGCAGAGCUUCAUGUCUGCCCCUCGCUGGAGCGCGAGUCACUGAGGAUUAUACUUAGUAGAUUUGAAGAGCUGAUAUGUCAAGAGGAGUUUUGGGGACUUGACUUCAAAAAGCUUGCCACAAUCCUGUCUACUGAGAAUGUGAACAUGUGUAAUGUGGAGACACUUUUAGACGCAGUUGUAAAGUGGGUGACCUUUGACCUAGAUUCUCGCAAAGAAAACAUUCUGGAUCUGCUGCACUGCGUUCAGCUCGAGGUGGAUGACACGUAUCUUACAACGGCUUUGGACGUGUACAAACAGUGUAACGAGCACAAAAUACGCUCUAUCAUCAGUCAUUCUGUGAAUUCUAGUGAAAUGUUUAAAACUAGAAAGAACCUCACAUCAAAAAUGUAUAUUAUAGGCGGAUAUUAUUGGCACACAUUGUCUGAGAUUCACAUAUGGGACCCAAUUUGCAACACGUGGGUCCAGGGGAAGGACAUUCCUGACUACACGAGAGAAAGCUAUAGCGUUUCACUUCUUGGUUCUAACAUUUACCUGACAGGAGGAUACAGGACAGAGACAGUAGACGCACUGGAUACAGUUUGGAUUUACAAAAUUGACACAGAUGAGUGGACACAGGGAUGCUCUAUGAUCACUUCCAGAUAUUACCACUGCUCUGUGCCUUUACAUGGAUGUAUAUUCGUCAUAGGCGGGUACACAGCGGGAGCCCCCACUAAGGAGACUGAAUUUUACGACCCAUUAAAGAAGAAAUGGUUUCCUGUGGCAGAUAUGAUACAAGGUGUUGGAAAUGCUACUGCAUGCGUGGUGCAAGACAGAAUCUAUGUGACCGGGGGUCAUUAUGGAUACAGAGGGAGCUGCACCUAUGAGAAAAUACAAACUUACAGAGCUGAUGUCAAUGAGUGGAGCAUUACAACAAUAUGUCCCCAUCCAGAGUAUGGGCUUUGCUCAGUAUCACUGAACAACAAGCUCUACUUGGUGGGUGGUCAGAGCACCAUCACAGACUGCUAUGACCCAGAAAAGGAUGAAUGGACACAGAUAGCCAUGAUGAAGGAGAGACGGAUGGAAUGUGGAGCUGCAGUAAUAAAUGGGUGCAUCUACGUCACUGGUGGCUAUUCCUACUCAAAGGGCACAUAUUUGGAAAGUAUAGAACGUUAUGACCCUGACCUGGACUGCUGGGAAAUAGUAGGGACCCUACCUAGUGCCACUCGCUCACAUGGCUGUCUUGGUGUGUUUUGUUUAUAAACAGUUAUUGUUCAUAUGUUUGCUGACACCUGUAUGUAUUAUAUUUGUAUUUUAUUCAGGGUCUUAUUUCCAAAUUGUAUGACUGUAAAUUAUGUUUUUAUAGAGUUUAUACUGAUAGUGUUAGUAUAAAGCUUUCACAUAUUAAAGCUUAUUUCUAAAAUGUGUUGAAGAAGACAACACACAGCAGUGACAUGUUUUCACAUGUACAUUCCUACAUGCACUAACCUGCUGACCAGGACUAAAUUACACACAGCCACUCAUAGUGUUAAAAUCAGAAUCUGACUGUUAUUUCUGUUUAGUGUUUAUUAAAUGAGAAUAGGAAAACCCGGGCAAAUAUAGAAAGCUGAAAAGCUGUUUUAAAAAUUAUCUUUAUGAACCUGUAAUUCUUCAGUUACAGUGCAUUCGGAAAGUUUUUAGACCCCCUUCAAUUUUAUGUUGCAGCCUGAUACUACAAUCAUUUCAAUAAUUUUUUCCCCAUUAACUAACUACACCCUGUACCCCAUAUUGACGAGGUGAAAACAGAAUUAAAAAAAUUAAAAACUGACAUAUUACAUGUACCUGCACUAUAUUGCCAAAAGAUUGUGGACACCUGGUCAUAAGUAUAGUAUGUGCUUUUUGAUCAUUGCAUUCCAAGUUUAGUCCCAAUUCUCUCCGCUCUUCUGGGAAGACGUUCCACUACAUUUUAGAGUGUGCUUAUGGAAAUUUCAUCCAUUCAGACACAAGGCUUUUAGUAAAGUCAGGGAUUGAUGUAAGUGAGGUGAGCAGGUAUGGGGUGCAGUCAGUGUUCACAUUCAUCCCAAAGGUGUUUAAUAAAAGGUCUGAACUC